UGGUAGUAUCGAAAGUGUAAUUAUUACUAUUGCAAUUUUUUGAAUUGUAUUAAGAUUCUAAAUUAUGCGGAUAAUCAAUCGGCAAUGGUUAAUUUUUAUAUAGGGAGGUGAAGUUGAUGGACUUUAAUCAGUAUAUUAAAUAGGUAGCAGUUGUAUUAUUGCUGUAUCAUUGACUGCAUUUCUUGCUGAUUAUCGAAGCAAGUUGGUGUUAACGUCGGUUCGAUUUUGAUAUUGAAAUUUUACAAUCAAAAUCAAGAACAUUUAAUAAAAAUGACAGAAUUACGUUUUGAUAAUCGUGUAGUUGUAGUGACAGGAGCUGGUGCAGGUUUAGGUCGUGCAUAUGCAUUAUUAUUUGCUUCUAGAGGUGCUAGUGUUGUAGUAAACGAUUUAGGAGGUGGACGACAUGGCGAUGGUAAAAGUAGUCAAGCUGCAGAUAAUGUUGUAGCUGAAAUCCAAAAAAAUGGAGGAAAAGCUGUGGCUGAUUAUAAUUCAGUUGUUGAUGGUGCCAAAAUUAUUAAAACUGCUAUUGAUACAUUUGGACGUGUUGAUGUAGUUGUUAAUAAUGCUGGUAUUUUGAAGGAUAAAUCUUUUGCAAAAAUGUCAGAAAGCGAUUGGGAUUUGAUACAAGAUGUUCAUGUUAAGGGUGCAUUUAAAACAACUCAAGCAGCAUGGCCGUAUUUCUGUAAACAAAAUUAUGGCAAGGUCAUUUUUACUUCAAGUAAUAGUGGACUAUGUGGAAAUUUUGGUCAAACUAAUUAUAGUACAGCAAAAAUGGGUUUAGUUGGUUUUGCAAAUACUUUGGCAAUUGAGGGUGCUAAAAAAAAUAUAUGUAUUAAUGUGAUUGUACCAACUGCAGCAUCCAGACUUACAGAAGAUAUUAUUCCCCCUGAUCUAUUUAAGCAGUUAAAACCAGAAUUAAUAGCUCCAAUAGUUUUUUGGUUGUGUCAUGAAAAAUGCAAUGAAAGUGGGUCAGUUAUUGAAUCAGCUAUAGGUUGGGUAAGAAAAUGUGGUAUGGUUCGCUCAUCAGGAUGUAUUUUACGAAAAAAUUUAGAUGAUAUUGUCACACCUGAAAAUGUACAAGAAAAUUGGUCAGAUAUUGUUGAUAUGACAUCUGCUAAGCAUGCAUCUAAUAUGGAGGAAAUAGUAGGAGAUCAGAUGAAUAUUAUUGACGAUUUAAAGAGUGGCGUUUCCAAGAGAAAGAUUGAUGAUAAUGUUAUAUACAAUAAUUACAAUGGUCGAGAUGGUAUUCUGUAUGCUCUUGGAGUUGGAGCAACUAUUCAAGAUCCAUCCGAUUUACGUUACUUGUAUGAAAACCAUGAGAAUUUUGCACUCUUACCUACUUACUACAUAAUUUUCGGCGUAUUGGGGUGCAUGAAAAAUCCAAUUAUAUCUAAUGCUCUACCUGAUUUGCAGAUAAAUCCUGUGAAUACCUUACAUGGAGAACAAUAUCUAGAAAUUUAUAAAGUAUUACCUGUAGAAGCUAAAGUAAAGACAGUCUACAAAGUUGUAGAUGUUCUUGAUAAAGGAAAAGGCAUAGUGGUCUUAGUUCAACAUGAUACUUUUGAUGCUAAUAGCGAAGAAAAAUUAUCUACAGGACAGAUGUCGGUAUAUAUCGUAGGUGUUAGUGGUUUUCAAGGCAAGCGUACAUCUCCGCAUAUUAUUCCGAUUAUCGACCCACCUAAUCGCAAUCCAGAUGCUUCUGUUACUCAAAAAACUACUACUGAUCAGGCAGCAUUGUAUAGACUCAGUGGUGAUUUGAAUCCUUUACAUAUUGAUUCAAAUGUUGCUAUAAUGGCUGGAUAUAAAAGACCAAUUUUACAUGGAUUAUGCUCUCUUGGAUUUUCUACAAGACAUAUUCUAAAUACUUAUGCAAAUGGUGAUCCAAGUUUAUUUAAAGCAAUAAAGGUCAGAUUUGCAAAACCAGUACUUCCAGGAGAAACAUUGCGCACUGAUAUGUGGCAAAAUGGCAACAGAAUACAUUUCCAAACAACCAUUGUAGAAACCAAUAUUGCUGUUAUUACAGGUGCUUAUAUUGAUUUAUUCAGUGUAAAAUCAAAAGUAACACCAACAGUUUCAACUCCAAUUGCGAAUAACAAUGAUCUAAAAAGUAAUGCAGUUUUUGAUACUAUGAAGGACUAUGUUAAAGCUAAUCCUGACCAAACGAAAAAAGUGAAUGCGAUUUUUCUUUACAAUAUUACUGUAAAUGGAAAUCCGAAAGCCCAAUGGACUUUGGACUUAAAGAAAGGUGAUGUGUAUAAAGGACAACCUACAUCAGGAAAAGCUAACACUACUUUAACUAUAGAAGACAAGGAUAUGAUGGAUAUUGCAACAGGAAAAAUAAAUCCACAAGUUGCAUUUAUGCAAGGAAAAUUAAAAAUUACUGGUAAUAUUAUGUUGACCCAAAAACUCAAAACACUCAUGGAAAUGAACAAAGCAAAACUAUAAUCUCAAUUUGACUUGAAUGAACGAAUGGUUAUAAUCUCAUUAUUAAACCAACAUUUCUAAGAACAUAGAAUAGGCAUGA